UUCUAUGGCAACGAAUAUGAGCGGUACAAAACAAUGAUAAAUGUCAAAAACAAAAUAAAAUAAAUUUAAUUUUCGCUUGAUUCAGUAGUGAGAAAAUAAAUAGUAUAUUUAUUAUAAGAAAGAAUCUCAAACCUUUAAGAGUAUUUAUUAACAUUUAAAAAAUGACUCUUUACACAGACACAAGACUCAAUUUUAUUGAUAAUAAUGUCGUUACAACGCUAAGUUCCUGGCAUCCUGCAUUACCUUUUUUAGCUGUUGGGUCUUAUAACCAGGACAAAGGUGGAUUCGUUACUAUUUUUGACGAAAUGGGUCACGCAUUAGAGGGCUGUGAUUGGCCAGUGUUAUUCUCAAACCAAGUGACAGGCUUAGCCUGGCACCCAACAAGAAAAUUGCUAGUGGUAGGUUGGGAUGGAGGUGAAUUGUAUCUUUGGCUUGAAUACUCAUGGGCUAGGCUGGAAGCACCACACAAUUCAGCUUUAACAACAGUCACCUUCAGUCCAGGAGGUGGUAGACUACUGGCUUCUGAUGCUGCUGGCUCACUGUCUGGAUGGCAGGCGAGUUCUGGAGCCCCUUUGACAGCUUUCCACCAUCAGCUGGGUGAUGUCAUCACUCAUGUUAAGUUCUGUGCUCCACAUCCCACCUCUGAGUCAUCUAUAAGGGGAUUGGCUCGUGCAGCAGUUGCAGGUGAUGAAAAUGCUCUGGACGCUUUAGCAGCUUGGCGACCUCGUACCACAGCCAAACUGAGAGAAGGGCUUCAACCUGACAACCAUGCUUGCUAUGCUGCUCAAGAUAAUGGAGUCAUUUUAUAUAUUGAUCAUGCUGGAGCAUGCUCUGAAGUUUUAAAUUCUCCAGGGAAUAUAGUAUUUAUGGAUAUUCUGAGCUCUGUAUAUCUCCUUGUCGCUUGGGAGACUGGUGGUGCUCUCAGUUUGUCAAGAUUUGUAAUAUCAAGUGAUGGAUCCCUAACAACAGAUACUCAUGUUCGAAUGUCUGCAAGGAAUGGUCAAUCUAUUGUGCUGGCAGGAAGCUUUUGUGUAGCUGUCAUCACAGGUGAUAAUUUAAUUAGAAUUUGGGAUAGUGAAACUGGCGACAAUGACGUUUUACCCAAUGAUGGUGAUGAAACUGCCCCAGGAGAUGUAUUCACAAGUAUUAGCUAUUGUAAUUUAAGUGAUACUCUUUGCUGUGGUACUUCACAAGGAAAUUUAUACCUGUGGAGACGAGACCAUAGAAGUAAGUGGAAAUUAAUCAGCAGUACCUCUGUCAAAGGCACUGUAAAAGAAGUCACCUGGGGUUCUGAAGGCCUAAUGAACCCAUUACUACAUGUCAAUUGUAUUACUAAUGCAUUUAUACUUCGAGAACAAAAUGUAUGUUGGGGUUAUUCCAAUAAUAUAUGGAUGGUACAAAAAUCUGCUCAAGAAAUAGCUAUAACAGGAAAAACUAAUUUAUCAUCAACCAUAAACACCUCAAUUACCAUAAAGGCAUUGGCUUUCAGGGAGAAUUAUGUAGUUUUAGGUGAUGGUAAAGAUGUACAGGUAUGGAUGCGUAAUAAAGAUAAUGAAUUCAAGUUUUCACUGAUUCGAACAUUUGCAUGGAAAACAGAUGUUCUAAUAUUGUAUAAUGAUCUGAUAGUUGGUAUUGUGAGCCCUCACAUUGAAUGCUAUAACAUAGCUGGUAAUAAAAUAGGCAUACUUCCUAGUACAGAAGGGGAAGGCGAGCCAAUAGCCAUAACUAAUACAAAUAAGUUUAUAGUUAUUGCAACUAUUGAUGGUACAAUAAAGCUAGCUGAAAUUACUAAAAAAGGGUUAAGAAUGCCAUUUCCGGCGAAAAAUUGUUAUCAGAUGAUUGAAGAUUUUGGUGAAGUUAUGAGGUCGUCAGUAAACGCUUCUGGACUCUAUAUUUGCUUGAGCAUCGCUAAUUCAGGAUUGGCUCCAGAUCCGAGAAUUUAUUUAUGGGAUGUAGCAAACGAUGUCAUCAAUAGCACUCUUUUAUCAGACACUAAUUUAGCUCCGUAUCACAGCGUGCCAAUUGCAAUAGUAUGGGAUAACAAUGACUCCCGACUUGUUGGAAUUCAUAUGCGUUCUUCAGAAUUCGAUCGAAUUCAUUUAUUCUUUUGCCACGACAGUAAACUUUACGAGUACAAACAUUGGUGUCCUAUUUCAGAAGAUUACUUUUUAUCUGACUUUAUAUUAUGUAGUCUAUCUACUCCUCAUAUAAUAAUAUUAACACAACAAAACAUUAAAAGAAUAUUAAUGAACGAGUUCGAAGAUUCCAAUGACCACGAGCAAGCCAAGGUUAAACAAGUGCUAAACUUUAUUUAUUAUAUGACAACAGGGCAUUUAGAAAAAGCUGUUGUUAUGGGUUCCAACAUAACUGGAAGCAAAAUCUCGAUAGUGUGGGACAGUUUAGCGAAGGCGUGUGUAUCUCUAAAACGACCUGACGUCGGAGCUAUUUGUUUGGGUAAAAUGGGAAACCUUAAAGGGGCUUUGAUGAUGCGCAAAGUUCUAAAUGACGACAACAUGGACGAUACAUCUAGAGUCGGAGUCUUGGCAGUUCAUUUAGGCAUGAUUGAAGAAGCAGAAAAGUUGUUUCGUGAGGCUCAGAGGCCAGAUCUGGUCACUCGUUUGAUAUCGGCAAAAGAAGGGGGGCUGAAUGAAAUAAUAAAUGGCGAACAGGAAGGUGAAAAUAUGCUCCUCAUAAAAAGUGCACAACAUAAACUUGCGAAAGUGCUUUGGGCAAACGGUGAAACCAAUGCAGCCCUGAAGUUAUUCGAAAGUGCCGGGACUUUAGUCCCUCAUGUGCCCAGGAUGCUCAUAGCUCAAGGUCAGGCUUCAGUUCUCGCGCAAUACGUUAUCACGUCAAACGAUAGUAAUCUAAUCACGUGGUGGGGACACUAUCUCGAGAGUAUCGGAGACCUCGAUGGAGCGUUAGAAGCAUAUUCAAAAGCAAAUGAUUUCGGAGAACAAACAAGAUUACUGUGUCACAUGGAUAGAAUAGAUGAAGCAGAAAAAAUAUGUCACAAAAAUUCGUCAUCUUUGUACCAAAUGGCCCGAAACUUAGAAAUGAAUGCCAAUGAAACUGAAAAUGCUGUUAAGAUGUAUCUAAAGUGCGGGGCCGUAUCGUCCGCGAUACGUGUGGCGGCAGAGGCGGGCGCGUGGAGCCUGGUGCGGCGCGCCGGCAACUCCUCGUCACAGCACGCGCUGUAUGCAGCUUCGAUACUGGAAAACGCGGGACAAAACGAACACGCCAUAGCUUUAUAUCAAAAAGCCGGUAAGGCUCACAUGGCGUUGAAGUUGGCGCUGAGCUGCGGCGACACGGACGCCAUGCUGGCGAGCGUGCAAGCGCUGGGCGCGCGCGUGGAGCCGGCGCUGGCGCACACGCUGGCGGCGCAUCUGCGGCGCGCCGACCACCACGCGCACGCCGCCGCGCUGCUCGCCACUGCGGGGAAUUACGAAGAAGCGUUGGACAUAGUGGAGCAGUCUACGGCGCCGCUGUCGGAGGAGCUAAGUGAGAAGCUCGCGGCGCCCGCGGGCACGUCGGGCCGCGACGCGCUGCUGCGGCGCCUGGCCGACGUGCUGGGCACGCGCGGCCUCUACCACCAGGCGGCCAAGCGACUGGCGCACAUCGGCGACAAGGCGGGCGCGCUCCGCUGGCUGAUGCGCGCGGGGGACGCGGACCGCAUCGCCACGUUCGCAGCCGCGAGCCGGGACCGCGGCACGCAGCUGAUGGCCGCCGACUACCUGCGCCGGCGCGCGCCCUGGCGCUCGCGGCCCGACCUGGCGCGACACGUGCUGCACUUCUACACCAGGGCGAAGGCCUACGGGAAGCUCGCCGCCUUCUAUGCAGAGUGCGCCAAAAUGGAAAUUGAUGAUUAUGAGAACUACGAGAAAGCGUUAGAAGCUCUGAAGGAAGCAACGCGAUGUAUUGCGAAGUCAUCAGAUACUGAAUCAAGUGCUCAGACGAUCGCACUCCAGGAGCAGGCGACGUUUGUGAAACGUUUCCUAGAUGUCAAGAAAGCAUUGCAGAGUGGAGAAAUCAACACAGGAAUAACAAGUGGACAGCAACUCAUUCAUGCGGUGAGCGGCAGGCCAGGAUUGAUCACAGAAGAGAAAGUUCUUCGGUUGCUAGUGCAGUACUCAACAGAACACCCAGAUGGAGACAAAUUGAAAAGACAAUUGAAAUUAUUACAGCAGCCAUCUAAGGAAGACGACGUGUCACAAGAAUCACCGGAACAAAGCAUUGAAGAAGUUAUAUAAACCUGUACGUAAUUAAAUAAAAUUUGGUUUACGUUUGUUAA